AGGGACUGUGGGGGCCAGCAGGGUUAUAAAGUUUGAGCGGCUUCCUCUCUGCCCAUGCGUCUGUGUGCUCCUGUUUCUGCCGGCCCACUCUCAACUCUCUUUGCCUCUCUCAAUCUCACUUAAUCUAACGAAAAUGAGUGUCAAACGAAGCAGCGUCAGGGGACCUAGUAGUGGGUACAGCCACUCCAUCACGCGCAGCUCUACUGCUCCUGCCUACCGGGCUGCCAGCACCUAUGGUGGGGCUGGGGGACAGGGGACCCGAAUCUCCUCUGUGUCCUACUCGGGUGUGCGAAGUGGGAUGGGAGAGAUGGGAGGCUCCGGGGGCUCCAUGUCCAGCAGCUUCCAGGUGAGCGCCAGCGGGGACACCGCUCACAUCAUGGGCAAUGAGAAGUUUGCCAUGCAGAACCUCAACGACCGUCUGGCCUCCUACCUGGAGAUGGUGAGGAACCUGGAGCAGGCCAACGGCAAGCUGGAGCUGAAGAUCAGGGAGGCCAUGGAGAAGAGAGGCCCAGACGUCAACGACUACAGUCGUUACAACGCCAUCUUGGAUGACCUGAGGAAGAAGGUGAGAGGCCAUGGGGAGGAAGGAGUACUAUUGGCUAAUAUGAGAUGCUGGACAAAUCUACACCAUAGAGUUUUAGGGAAGUAAUAUAUCUUUCAAAUGCAAGUUCACUGUCCUAGAAUGGCUGACCCAACCGAAGAGAGUAACAGAGUGACAGAGAGUAGUUUGGGAGUGAAAGAGGAAACACAGUGGCCCUACUAUAUCCUUGUCAGGUUAUUGACCUGGGUAGUAAAGACCCAGUGUAGCUGGUUUGUCCAUUAGAGCCAUGCUGAUUAGUGAUGGCAAGGUGCCAGCAUCCCCAGGCAGAAGGUCAAGAGGCAGACAGAAAGCAAUAAGAAGGGGAAUUCCAAGGUGUUCUGCUAGCUGACCUUUGACAUGGCCAGAGUUCCAGGUCCAGCUAGCAUUCUCAGGGGUAAUGGAUGUGUUUAUUUAACUUCCUACUUAUCAGUUAGCUGUGUAACAUCUGUGGGACACAAAGAUGGUUAGCAAUGAAACGAUUAUACAGUAGCAUUUCAAAUGAUUAUCUACAAUAUAACCAUCAACAGCACAAGUUUAACCAUAAAAGCAGGGAAAAUUGUUACAGUUGUAGAUAAAGUUAAAAAGGUUAUUUUUAUAUUGUCUCUCAGCUAUGGUAAGUGUGUAGCAGUAUAUUAAAUGAGAAAACACCACCAUAGACUAUAGAUGAGAGACAGUUGAACUCCUUACACAGACCCACAUACCCACUGGUCAAUUCAACGUCUAUUCCACGUUGGUUCAAUGUAAUUUCAUUGAAAUUAAGUGGGCAAAAAACAUUGAUUCAACCAGUGUGUGGCCAGUGGGUCUUUUAUGGUGUGGUUCUUUCUUACUCAUACCUUACACAAGGCUACUAUUUCAUGGUGUGGUCCUUACUUUGAUGGUGGAGUAUGGUAAAUGAGUUUGGGAGUCAAUGUGCUAUGUCAUUAAAAAGUAGUCCAUCUAACCAGGUCAUUCCAUUCCAAUUCCUCUGAUAGUGUUCCAUGUAUAUAUAUAUAUAUAUAUACACAGUACUGAAUUAUUGACAUAUGGGUUUGUAAUGCCUUUAUGUGUGUAUACUGUGGGGCAACCAAGGAUAUUCCGUGAGUCAUUCAACUGGAACUGUUCAGAGCUGCUGAUAAUUUGGAAGAGGCUAAUUAUCUGGGGUGGAAAAUACUGUUAGACAUCUAGUAAACAGUCAUCAUUAUUAGCCUACUGCAUCUGCAACAAGUUACUGUUGUACUUUAAACCAUACAGUAAAUACUGCCUGAUAAUAAAUUAUAUUUUUAAAUAAAAAAACAUAUCUGAAAAACUCUUUCCAUUGGAUUCUGGAACAUUCCAGUCACGCUUCUGUGGUUUGGCCGUUGCCGUAGCACUUGGCCGUCAAACUGCCCAAAGUGACAGAGUAACUAUGCAAAAUAGGGAGAUUAGAUGCCAGAUACCAAUAGCGAGAGACAAAAUGCAAAUAUAUCACAAGACUAUCAUUACAGAAUUUCUGUUGCAAGCUGAUUAAACUCCAUUCCAUGAUGAAUUAAGUUUCUGAUGAACUCCACCAACAGAGUGGAGCAGAGACCAGGCUUUGUGGAAUUCAGCUCAGACUACAUCGAUUCGCCCAAGAUCAAUACCUUAAAAACAUUUUAUUACAAAACCUUUACCUUGUUCCUAUGUUUGUCCUCUGUAAAUGCAUGACUUUCUUUGUUUAAUAAACGUUAAUCAAAUACAACCACCGACUGUUUGCUCAUUGCUGUCUCACUAAGAUGGCAAAUCAGCUCAAAUGCGCAUGUGCCAAUUGAAUCUCAACAAGGAAACAGUCAGUGGUUGUAUUUGAUUAGCUUUUAUUGAAAAAGUAUGGAUUUCAGCAAACAAAGAAAGUAAUGCAUUUACAGAGGACACACAUGGGUACAAGGUAAGCAUUUCAUCGUUUUAAUUAAGAAUUGACUAUGGGCGAAUCGAUGUAGUCGGAGAUGAAUUCCACAAAGCCUGGUUUCUGCUCCACUCAGUUGGUGGAUUUAAUCAGAAACAGAGUUUAGUCAGCUAUCUUAUUGCUUCACUUUGUCCCUUUGAAAAAAAUUCCGAACAAGGACAUUGAACUUAACCUUGAAAAUGAGAAAAACAAAUUGUAAACUGAACAUGAGUUGUGUAAAUAUUUGUUUAAUCUGCUGCUCUUGCUAUUGCUCGCAUUAUGAAGCCUUACAUACAGGUUUAGGGGAGGAAGGCCUAGGGAGUUAAGCUGAUGCUUUACCAACAGCCCAUGGUGUCUAAUCGACCCCCAACUCCAUACAUUAAAGUCACAACAGGUUUCUUUUUCUUUGUCGUGAUACCAGGAUGUGAUUGCUAUUUCAAAUGUUCCUCCUUUACAUAAACAAGGCUUCUCACGCCAGGAACAACAGGAAAUCCAACCCAGUAACCACCCCUUCCCCUCCCCAUCACACACACACACACACACACACACACACACACACACACACACACACACACACACACACACACACACACACACACACACACACACACACACACACACACACACACACACACACACACACACACACACACACACACACACACACACCACACACACACACACACACACACACACACACACACACACACACACACACACACACACACACACACACACACACACACACACACACACACACACACACACACACACACACACACACCCCAACCGGCCACCUGAUGCAAAUCAGCUGCCUCCAUCCUGACAUGUAUUCCACUGCACUUACAGCUUGGCUGUUUGUUAAUGAUUGCCUCCCGAACUUUGUAACCCGCAUCCAUCCAUCCUCACCCUUAUCUACUGUACCAUGGAGAGCAAACACUGCGGCUGUGGGGCAGCUGGCCUCCGCUGCUCCUGGCUGCCACUGUCACCAGCCUUCUCACUUUCAUACCAAUUACACAAAAGUACAGUAUUGAAACGGCAAAAAAAAAAAAAUUUAAUCGUGUGUUGACUUUAACUUCUUUUGUCCUUGUCAUUGGCAGGUGUUCGAUGCCACAACAGACAACGCCCGUAUGUGUCUUCAGAUCGACAAUGCCCGCUUAGCUGCAGAUGACUUCAGGGUGAAGUAAGUCAAGCUAGGCAAGGCACUAAACAAGCAGACAGUUGCUGACACACCUUAAUUAACGGUAACUAAACAAACACUGUUGAUGUGCCACAUUAUCUGCAUCCCCUCCGUGCUAUACAGUCUAUGCUUUAAAAGGUCCAAAGCAGCCGUUUUUAUCUCAAUAUCAAAUCAUUUCUGGGUAACACUUUUAAGUACCUUACUGUGAUUGUUUUCAAUUAAAACGUUCAACUGAAACAAAAAUAGAUUCUUAGCAAAGAGACAUUUCUCAAUAAAUAAUUUAGCUAGGAUUUUCUGGCAGUGGUCUGAGUGGGGAGGGGAAAACUGACAACUACCUGUUUUUGACAGAGAGGUUUGGAACUCUCUUUCUUAUUGGUCUAUUAACCAAUUUACCGUCUGGUGAUAUCACCAGGCAGGCAAAACUCCAUUCCACCAAAACAGGCUGAAAUUUCAGUAUGGAAGUAUAUAUAAAACAAAACACAGGAAAAUCAUGUUUUUGACUGCACUUAGCCUUUAAACUGACACUUUUGAGAAUAUUUCACCAUAGCUCUCCAGGGCAUUGUAUCUGAUGCUGUUUGCUGUGUGUUGCAGGUUUGAGUCUGAGCUGUCCAUUCGCCAGUCUGUGGAGGCUGACAUCGUUGGCCUGAGGAAGGUCAUAGAUGACACCAACAUGGGCCGCAUGAACCUGGAGAGCGAGAUCGAAGCUCUGAAGGAGGAGCUCAUCUUCCUGAAGAAGAACCAUGACAGCGUAAGCUCACCAUGGCCCAACCCCCCCUUUCAACCACCAAACCACUAUAGUACACAACCCCACCCCUCUUGUACCACCAAACAAAUAUUUACCAUCUCCCUUGUCAUUACAAUGGCUUAGCAAGAGCAAGACCUAGCAUGCCAACAUCGGAGACAGAGUCAACCAUACUGUAUAAACAGGGGGUGUUUCGUGUGAGAACUUUUAGAUUUAGCAGGGGUGCGGUGGGUGCGGCAUACCCAUUGGACGCACCCAGGGGGCCCCUUGAGUACCCAAACAAACAGCCUAAAUACAGAUGCUGACUUCACUCUUGAAAACAUAUUGCUUAAUGAAUGUUAAUGUUGUUGUCAUUCUACCCCAACAGGAGGUGAUGGAGAUGCGUAACAUGAUAUCCCAGUCUGGAGUGCAGGUGGACGUGGACGCUCCUAAGGGCCAGGACCUGGCCGCCAUCAUGGCUGAGGUCCGGGCCAAGUACGAGAAGGAGGCCCUGAAGAACCAAGAGGAGCUCAAAGCAUGGCAUGAAACACGGGUAACACUUACCAGCUUAUUAUUUUACCCCACUGAUGACUUCACAGUGAAACCAUCACAGAAACUCUUACUUAACCAAUGAUUUUUAAACGGACAUCUGUAUCACCUCUAUGUCCCUUCCAGAUCACAGAGGUGCAGUCCGUGGUGUCACAGAACACAGAGGCCCUCCAGGGCGCACACACAGAGAUCAAUGACCUCCGCAGACAGCUACAGACACUGGAGAUCGAGCUGGACUCACAGAAGAGCUUGGUAAGAUCCCUCAACAAUACUAUAUUCACCAAGCCAGUGUGUACAAAAUACAUCAUGGCAUCAAUGCUAUUGGGUAAAGGAAAACUCCACCCAAAAACGAUAUUUUGGUAUUUGUUUAAGUAGUCCAUUGUUGAUAUAGUCCAAAAAUGUUUUACAUGUCAGCCGUAUUUCUGUAUUUUGAAAGUGAUAUAUCUUGAAAACUUCAUUGCUGACAUGCAACACAUUUUGGGACAAUGGACUAAUGAAACAAAUACCAAAAGGUCGUUUUUGGGUGGUGUAUUCCUUUAAGUUCAUGUUAAUUUACAAGGCCAAACACCAAGGCCAAACACCAAGGCCAACCACCAAGGCCAACCACCAAGGCCAACCACCAAGGCCAACUGACUGUCUUUACUCUUCCUCUCUAACAGAAAGGAUCCAUGGAGGGAACGCUGCGAGACACAGAGAUGCGCUACAACAUGGAGAUGGAAUCCUUGAACAAGAUCCUCAUGGGUCUGGAGUCUGAGCUGACUAACCUCCGCUCCAACAUCCAGCAGCAGACGCAGGAGUACGAGCACCUGCUCAACAUCAAGAUGAAGCUGGAGGCGGAGAUCGCCACAUACAGGAGACUGCUGGACGGAGGAGACUUCAAGUGAGUAACACAGACGGACAGAGAGCAUUAAUUGGUGUUGCAUGCAUAAUUACUACAAUUAAGCAGACUUGAGAAAGAGAAUGAACAUGAGGUUUGUUGCUGGCCAAGAGCCUACUGUGGUAAAUAGUAAUCUAAAGGCCAUUUUCUAUCUUGGAGGCAAAAGUAGCCAUUGUAUAAAUAUUUUUACGUUGACUGAUAGUUGUGAAGCUCUCUCAAUUCAAUUUGCUUUAUUCUCUCUCUCUCUCUCUCUCUCUCUCUCUCUCUCUCUCUCUCUCUCUCUCUCUCUCUCUCUCUCUCUCUCUCUCUCUCUCAGGCUCCAGGAUGCUCUGGAGGACCAGCGGACAGUGAAGACCAAGGUGAUGACCGUCACACAGACCCUGGUUGACGGGAAGGUUGUCUCCUCCAGCACAGAGACCAAGGAGAGGAACCUGUGAGACUACACCCAUCGUUCCCCGUGGACCUGAUUGUACAACACCAUCCAACACACCAUAGACAUAAGAUAACAUCUAGCUGGAUACGAAGAAAAUGAUCUCCAGUUUACUUACGUCGUCAUGUUUCUUUUGCUUUUGGGUCUGAAGUGUUUUUUAUCUUAAGCAUUUAGGCGUAUAUACCUUUACAGUGCUAGUUCAGAAUUUAGUAAUUUGGGAUGAAAUUUGGGCGUUAACCAAUAUGAUUUUACCCUUAAAACUAGCAAAUCUGUAAACGUUAUUUUUCUACCAUCGUCAUCUUAGUUUUCUUUGUGUCCAGUUGAAUUUGCCUGGUGUGAUGUACUUUCAUUGUCCAAUAAAACGUUUAUCAGAAUCUUGGCUAUUGUCUUUUAAUGCACUUGCUGUGUAACUGAACAAACAGGUUUUCACUUCUCACGGAUUGUGGUUAAUGUCGUCAUAGCAACUUUACUACAACAAAUUGACACCAAUAAUAAAUGCACAUUGAACAGAGAAGGAAAUCAUUUGCCCAGAUCAGAAAGAUGGAAGUCAUAUUUGCUCUAUAUUCUAUAUAUAGUUAGUUCUGUUACUUACUGAUAGUGCUUUACAAAAUAUCACAUAUAUGACCGACCGGCUUGAUUCGGUCUUAUGUAACAACAUUUGAAAUUGUGUUUUUUACAUUGGAUAAAAGUAGAGACUCAGAGCUAGAAAAUUGUAUAUCAUACACUACAGUUGAGGAACAAUGGGAAAGUAAUUCUGCUUUGAAAGUUGAUAAACUUGUAACCUCACUUUUGAGAAAAUGGCCCUUGAAUGUUUUGGUACUACUACAGUAGUGAGUCCAUACAUUGUCAUGCUUUUUCACACAGGUCCCCUAUGGGAAUUGAACCCACAACCCUGGCCAUGCUCUACCAAAUGAGCCACGUGGUGAAGGUAAUAUUUGCUCUAUGGGUUAGCUCUGAGUCGGAGGGGUUGGGUUAAAUGCGGAAGACACAUUUCAGUUGAAUGCAUUCAGUUGCACAACUGACUAGGUAUCCCCCUUACCCUUUCCUUUCCUUUGCUAUUGAUAGAGGAUUACAAUGGAACAGCAGUUGACUUUCAAUAUUCUGAAUGACUUCUGAAUAAGAGUCUAUAACUGAUGCAUUAAAUACAGUACAUUUGCUAUCUACAGUUCAACCUGACAUAAUUGGCAUAAGUUACCCUUUCCCCUGCCUCGUUUCCCAUAGUUACCAAACCACAGUUAUCAUGGGGGUGUGGAGGUGGAGAGGACAUAGUCUAUGUAGGAGACUAAAGGUUAGAAAGUGAUAAUGAUCGAAUGGAGUGGCGCGUCGGAAUGCAGCCUUGUAUAUAAAAACUCUAACCUCCAUGCUCCUCGCGCUCAAUAGGAUCGAUCUGUGCCAGUGUCAGGUGGGUCUCUGUUUUGCUAAUCUUCUUCUCUCUUUCUUGGAUUUCCUCUCCGAAGACAUGGAGUCUGUAAGUAUCAGGAAGUAUCCUGGAUUUACUGGGUAUCAUGCUGAGAGUGGCAGUGGAGGCCUAUACGCAAAGCAAUGGAGCUCACAGAGUGCCCAUGGCGGUGCUGGGGGACAUGGGACCAGAAUCUCCUCUGUCCAAACCAGCAACAGGCUCGGGGGCUUCAGAGGAGGGGCAGGGUACCAGGUGUACACAGGUGUUACAGCGAUUGAUGGUGGCUUCGCUAUCGGUAAUGAGAAGCUCAACAUGCAGCACCUGAAUGACCGUCUGGCCUCCUACCUGGAGUCAGUGAAGAACCUGGAGCAGGCCAACGGCAAGCUGGAGCUACAGAUCAGGGAGGUCCUGGAGAAGAAAGGGCCUACUGGGGCAGACUACAGCCGCUACGAUGCCACGCUGGUGGACCUGAGGAAGAAGGUGAGGCCCUCAAAUAAUUCAAUUCAAUUCAAGCUUGAUUCAUACAAGGUAUUUUCGUACAUUUGUGUGUGGAAUCAUAUCCUGACCAGGGUUGGGGUCAAUUCCAUUUCAAAUCCAGUCAAUUCAGAAAGUAAACCAAAUUCCAAUUCCACAUUUUCCUCAUUGAAAAUCUCUGUUUUUUGGGGGGUACUUCCAGAAUUGACUGGAAUUUAAAUGGAAUUGACCCCAACCAUGAUCCUGACUGCUCCAAACCACCCCUACUGUAUGGUUAAUUGAGUUGCCCCACUCAUUAAUCUCACAAUAUUUACAGCCAGUGUUUCUCCAAUACCCCCAAAAGUACACAUUUUUGCUGUAACCUCGGACAAGCACUCCUGAUUCAACUUGUCAACUAAUCAUCAAGCCUUUGAUGAGUAGAAUGAGGUGUGUUUGUCUGGGGCUACAAUAAAAAUGUGUACUGUUGGGGUUACUGGAGGACUGGAGUUGGGACAUACUGUCUUAAACCUUUUAUUAGGUGAGGUAUCACAGAACCACCCCACAGUAAACUGAUAUGAUUUACAGCGUGUCUUAUCAGAGGUACAGCGUGUCUUAUCAGGGAGUGUCACUUUGUUUCUAGCGGCACAAAGAUGGAGUGAUGGGACAAGUUUCUGUUGCUCCACCCUGUAGAACAGAUCCACAGAUUUACAGAAUUUGUAUUGUCCCUCUACUCCCACUAAUAUUUCCUCAGAUAUUGGAGAUGACAGUGGGCAAUGCACAGAUCGCUAUCCAGGGUGACAAUGCCCGCCUAGCCGCAGAGGACUUCCGGGUCAAGUGAGUGCUUGUAAACAAAGAAAUGUGUUACUUGCUAUUAUCAUCUGUUGGCAUGAAUCUAUAGUUCCAACAUUCUUUGUUUAUGGCUAUGUCCACGUGUUUACAUUCUUAAUGUUGUUGUCAAUAGGCUUGAGAGUGAGAUUGGGAUGCGCCAGACUGUCGAGGCUGAUGUCGCAAAUCUGAGGAGAAUACUUGAUGACACCAACGUGCUCCGGCUGCAUCUGGAGAACGAUAUCGAGUUUCUGACAGAGGAACUGAUCAACCUGAAGAAGAACCAUGCGGUGGUAAGGAAUGGUUCCCGUCAACUGACUAAUGUUCAGAUAGGUUACAUAGCUAGGUUACUAACAUAACCACCAAGUCAUUAACUGAAUGGAUUUCCUGCAAUCUGACUAACAUUCAGAUAGGUUACAUAACUAAUAACCACCAUGUCAUUAACUGAAUGGAUUUCCUGUUUCCUUUGUGUCAGGAUGUGCUGGAGCUGCGUACCCAGAUCUCCACGGCUGGAGUGCAGGUGGAGGUGGAUGCUGCUAAGGGACACGACCUGGGAAAGAUCAUGGAGGAGAUGAGGGCCAAGUACGAGAAGAUGGCCUUGAAGAACCAGGAGGAGCUCAAAGCGUGGCACGAAUCCAAAGUACGACUCUGUGCUUCCUUCCUGACACGUUUCAAUGUUCUGCACUGUAUUACUGUAGGUUAACAUGUUGGUGUGUGUGUCCAGAUCACAGAGGUGCAGGUCCAGGUGACUGAGAAUACGGUGGCCCUGAAGGAGGCACACACCACAUGCAGUGAAAACAGGAGGGGUAUGCAGUCCCUGCAGAUUGAGCUUCAGUCCCAGAUCAGCCUGGUAAGAAUGAUUGUUUUAUACAAUAGCUACCAACCUAUUUAAUAAUGAACUCAUUCUUGGUGGAUCCACCCUACGAUUUGCUUCUAUGUUUGUGAUCAUUGUGACCACAUGCUUUCCUCCCAACCACAGAAAGCAUCUCUGGAGGGGACCCUUCGUGACAUUGAGAUGCGCUACAACAUGGAGUUGCAGAAAUACAACGCCGUCCUCCUGCAGCUGGAGGCUGAGCUAACCCAGAUCCGCUCCGACAUCCAACACCAGACACGGGACUACCAGACCCUGUUCAACAUCAAGAUACGGUUGGAGGCUGAGAUCGCCGAGUACAGGAGGCUGCUGGACGGAGACUUGAAGUGAGUAAAACAUGGAGAGGUGACAGGUGGAGCUACAUGUCCUGCUUGGUUGGGCUAGUGGAACAACUACAAUACCUGAAGGGAUCAGGAACUGAGUAUGUUGAGAUGACGAAAUGAUGAAGUUACUGGAGCGAUACAGCUGUAACUAAAAGCUUAUCAUUAAACGGCUGGCCUUGUUCUAUUGUUUACUUGUUAUUAUAUGAGGCAUAGGAAUAUUUGCAAAUUAGAUGCAAACUAGCUUCAUGCAACUAUGCACAAGGGCUCAGGUCUGAUAUGGAAACGACUGUGUUGUAGUUAUGGUAUCUGUCUUUUCAUCUGUGUCUCUUUAGAGUUGAGGUUGCUGUCGAGAAGAAACCUACUAAAGCUUUCCGAACAAAGACGCUGGUUGUAACCCAGACACUGGUGGAUGGCAAAGUAGUGUCUGAAGGAGUGACUGAGGAUGUCAAAUCUGAAGGAGUGAUUGAAGCUGUCCAAGGAUAA